CAGCCGCCGCUCGGCAGUCAGUCUGUGCGGCCGAUUUGGUCUGCCGUUGCACGUGUGUGUGCGUGUUUCCUACUAUACAAGCGAUGAGUUAAGCGCGUGUGUGUGUGUGUUUGAAUGCGAGCUGUAGCGCAGCAGUAGUAGUCGUGCAAUCGCCGCGACGUUCAGACGUCGGUCGCCAAUCUCUGAAGCCUUCAAAGACUCGUAACCAGCGCAAAAAGAACCGACGACAACAACAACAAUAGAAGCAGCAAGGAGACCAUGUAAUUAAUUGAAGACGAGCUGCGAUAUAUAAUAGACAGUUUGGAAGAAAACAGAAGGAGGAAGCAGCAGCAGAAAAAGAAAACAAUGAUAUCCGAUAAUAUAUAUUUUCGAAGCAAACAAUUUAAAAAUAUGUAAAGCGAAAGGAAUUUUCGGUUUAUCGCAGUGCGCCCGUAAUAGCCUUCCGACUGUCUGUCUGGCUGAUUAUUAUUGCUUGUUAUUUGUUGUUGGCCGCGGAGCCGAAGCCAACGCUCAGUUCCAGCGACGCACGUCGCCGUGGGUGGUGAAAUUUGUUGUUGUUCUUAGUUGUUCCUCUGUUCGAUCGGUCUGUCGUCGAUCGGCGAAGGUGAAGGAAGAUGAUGAAGAAAGAGAAGCCGAUGAUGAGCGUCACGGCGAUCAUCCAGGGCGCCCAGGCCCAGCAUUGGGGCCGCGGCCUUGGACUAGGUCCACCCGGACUACCCCUAGUUACCGGCUUGACUUUGGACCAGAGCUUGUCGUCGAUGGGGUCCAUGGGUCCGCAGUCGCCGCUGGAUAUGAAGCCGGACACGGCCACCCUAAUCUCGUCGGGGCAGUUCAGCCCACAAGGCGGCCCCCACAGCCCCGGCUCUUUCUCCAUGGCCCACUCGAAUAUUCUCAGUCCGGGGGGCGGGGGUGGCGGCGCCAAGGGCGUCGGCUCUCCGUAUCCCCCGAACCAUCCGCUCAGCGGAUCCAAACAUCUCUGCUCCAUCUGCGGAGACCGAGCCAGCGGAAAACAUUACGGAGUUUAUAGUUGCGAAGGAUGCAAAGGAUUUUUCAAAAGGACCGUCCGCAAAGAUCUAUCGUACGCCUGCAGAGAGGAUAAGAAUUGUACAAUAGACAAACGACAGCGGAACAGAUGCCAGUAUUGUCGUUAUCAGAAAUGUUUAGCGAUGGGAAUGAAGAGAGAGGCAGUGCAGGAGGAGAGACAGAGGACGAAGGAGAGGGACACGUCGGAGGUGGAGUCAACUUCGACCAUCAACUCGGAGAUGCCGAUUGAGAGGAUCCUGGAGGCGGAGCGGAGGACAGAAUGCAGCAAAUCGGAGAAGCCUGAAUUAGAAAAUGCCGUCACGAACAUAUGUCAAGCAACGAACAAGCAAUUGUAUCAACUGGUGGAGUGGGCGAAGCACAUACCGCAUUUCACGGGUCUUCCGGUGAUGGAUCAGGUACUGCUCCUGAGGGCCGGAUGGAACGAGCUUCUCAUUGCGGCCUUCUCGCAUCGCACCACAGAAUUCGACGCGAAGGAGGGUAUCGUCCUAGCGACGGGCCUUACCAUCCACAGGAAUUCCGCGCAUCAGAUCGGCGUUGGCGGCAUAUUCGACAGGGUUCUCACCGAGCUCGUGUCGAAGAUGCGCGAAAUGAAGAUGGACAAGACGGAGAUCGGCUGCCUGCGCUGCAUAAUCCUAUUCAAUUCAGAUGUGCGCGGUUUAAAGUCGAUAAAUGAAGUGGAGAUAUUGAGGGAGAAGGUGUACGCCGUCCUCGAGGAGUACACAAGGACGAAGCAUCCCAAUGAGCCAGGCCGAUUCGCAAAGCUUCUCCUGCGGCUUCCGGCCCUUCGCUCGAUCGGGCUCAAAUGUUUGGAGCAUCUGUUCUUCUUUCGUCUGAUUCGGAACGUUCCGAUCGACACUUUCCUCAAGGAAAUGCUCGAGACUCAGGCCGAUGCGUAGACGGUGCUCCAUACAAUUAAACCCUUCCUCCCAAUACACCCAUCUCACAAAAUGACAACAAAAGAGCGUUAAGCAAACAGAAAAUAACAAGCAAUUUUGUUGAAUUUGGUGCUUACAAAAUUCAAGCGAUCUAUGACAGUUUCGUUUCUAAUUUU